AUGGAGGAUGCCACAUGCAGAAACGACUGUCGCUUCGAAUGGCACCACACUCUGACCAAGCUGGAUGCCAUAUUCAACGCCUUCUGGGCGCACCUGGCUAAUAAAGAGCGGCAUACCAAAGCCCCAGUACACUCACCUGAUGAAAAAACAGCAUAUCUCCACCACAGACGCACGGGCCUCCACCCAAAGGGACCUAAAAGAUGGCGCCGAAAACGAAGACUCCCCCUGCUGGCACACAAACAGGCGAGAUCGCGCCAUGCAGUAAAGCCAACACAGAGCGGCCUACAAGCACCCCCCAGACCUGGCAUGAAGCAGCGACCUGCAAAGCAGACAAGAGACAAGCCUGCUUCAAAGCUCCGAACCCACUCAACAACACAGAGAGCCCCAGAGUACCAGAGAGAGACUCUACUUACCCACUUCAUCGGAACGGGCCUCUGCAGUGACAGGCGGGCGAGACGGCCACUGGAGCUCACGACACUGCGCCUUGCUGUGCCCCGGCAGGACUCCCAAAUAUACCAGACACCCUUCUAUGCGCUGGGCAUAGGAUGA